UCAGAUUUUUAGCGAAAUAAGACGGAAAAAUAUUUUUCGCGACAAAAUUGCUACGACUCGCGGUUUGUGUUUCUUUUUGUUUCAACGAGGAGCAGUGGAUUGAUUUGAGUGUUUUACGGUGGGGCUGGUGGUGCGAUUAGCGCCGAAUUGGAGGAGGGAUCGCGCUUCCGUUCCAGUUUGGCCAUGACUGGGCGAAAGCUCGAAGGACGUGUUAAUCCAAUUGUCGCCCCUUGAUGAGCUCAUUGCUUUCGUUGUCGACGCCGCGGAUGUUGGCUGCCCUCGUCGUAGGAUGUCUCAGAGUCCACCGAAUUACAUGGAGGGGGUCCCGGUGAAAAUUUCGGAGCGCUUUCGGCCUCCCCCGAAGGUCACACUGCCGCAGAGUGUGAUCAAUCGAUUGGCGCAGGUUGAUGGUGGUGGAUCGUCGUCAUCUAGGAUCGUUCCCAGUUACGACUUUGAGCUGGAGGAGACCGUACUUAAGAGGAUUGGCGAGUGGCGUGCGGCCAAGGAUAAGCAACUUUACGAGAGGGGAGAGCGAAUCCGGCGGAAGGAGUUGGAGCUGGCCAGGCUUGCGGAAGAGGAGCAGAAGCGUAAGUUGAACCAGAUUUGUUAUCCGGAAACGGACGAUUUGUCGAGUGCUAGCGAGGAAGAUGGAGAGGACGAGGUUUCCGAGGAGAACGAUGAAUCGAUACCAUCCGGAUCGUCGGAAGAGCAGGUCGCCCAGAUUAGGACGUCCGCAGCUCAGUAUAGUCAGUUUAAUAAAUUUGAUACGAUUCUGAUUCCGACGGUGCUGCCGGAACUUGCCACAGCGAACAGAACUAGCGCUAGCGAUGAACUCAUUACUUCUGGCGGUGGUUUGACCACCAACAAUGUCCACAUUCCAAAGAGCACUAACUUACUAAAUAACAAUAACUACAACAAGAUCAAUUAUUCAGACUUUGAGAAUGAUACUUCCAGUCCGUUCGAUAACAUGGAACUGAAAACUAUGAACGAUUUAGAUAUCCUAGCGCAAGUUUUGAACCUGAACGCUCCAAGCUCGGGCUCGGAACGAAGUCCGGAAGAGACGAACGACUCGAAGCCCAAGCCCAUUGAAGAAGCGGUGGCAACAACGACGACGACGACGAUAGAUCAAGCAACCGUUCCCACGGUUCAACAGCCACAGUAUAGCUACGGUCAAACGGCCCAACAAUAUCAGCCCGGAACGUACUCGAUGCCAACCCAGCCGCAGCAGCAGCAGCCUCCUUCCUCGAACGAUUACUACAAGUCCUACAACAGUUACCAUUACAACUAUUGCGCGUACACUCCGACAUCGACUUCGACCGCGACAAGUUGCUACACCCCGACUUCCGGUGCCGUGGCCGCCGCAACCGUUCCAUACCACUCGCCCAGCACGCAGUAUCAGUAUCAACCGACGGCGGCACAGUACAGCUACUACCCGUACACGAGUGCGGCCACGGCCGGCAACUCACCCGCGACUCAGCCAACCUAUGCUCACAACUAUCUCUACAACAACGCUGCCGCUGCCGCGUCCUACUACAACUAUCCGGCAGGGCAGUCGGCCACUCCGGCGGAUGAAGCCUCCAGCCUGCGAUCCAAGUCGAAAAGCGUGCCCGACAUCGUGCGCCAGCUCGACGAAGAGGUGCAGGAUUCGGCCCUGCGACGCACCCGGAACAAUAGUCAAUCGACCGCCGAGCGGCGACUGGAGGACGACGAGCCAACGGUUCACACUCCGGCAGUCACAACCGGCAGCAACGCGCGGACCGAUUUCACCCUGUACAACCAGCUGUCCGCCGGAGAGCAGAAUCUAGUGAAACGCAUCGGCUCGAUGGGAUUCCCGUUGGAGCGCGUUGCGGCGGUGCUAAAGCGACUCGGAAGCGACGAUAAAAAGAUUGUAGAACAUUUGAUACCGCUGAGCGAGCUGCUGGAUCUGGGAUUUGAGGAGGAGAAAAUCUCCGAAGCACUGGUCAAGUUUGGCAACAACAAACACAAAGCGUUGGACUAUUUGAUAUCGUAGUAUUUAUGCGAGCAGCGAUGAACGAAAGCGGUUUUUUUUGCGGUUUGUGAUGAAAGCAGAACAUUGAUGCAGAAAGAGAAAGAGCGACGAGAGCCGUAAACCAAAAUGAUUGUAGCAAACUAUUUUAAAUUUACAAUAACACGAUAAAACUUAUAUGCUUUGCUUUUUCCAAUGCCUUAGUCGCAAUAAAAAUGAAAUGUGUAGAGUGCGUCGUGUGUUUGUCUCGGCACUGAGAUAUUUUUGUUCGAGUUCAAGCAGCCACCGCAGCGCGCAGCAACAGCAAACAACUUCGUUCGUUUGAUCGCCAAGUGUUAGUGUAAUUAAUACUGGUUGUGUUUCUCCCAUCCCAUGAAUACUACUAACACUGGUGGUGAGUAGAUUUUUGUUAGAGUAGCGUUUGGCUCGCUCCGGAGAAGAAUGCUCUUUAUAUAUUCUUAUUUAUUAUGAGUUUUCGGUACAUACAACAAAAAAGAUAGCCCCUUUAUCGAAUGAACAAUAAAAUUACCUAUCCAUUCUA